AUGUAUGUUGAUGAUACUAAUUUAUCUGUUACUGGAGAAAGUGCAAGUGAUAUCGAAGUGAGAUUGAAUACUGAACUUGAAAAUGUUCAUGAAUGGCUAACAGCGAAUAAAUUAACACUUAAUACUGAGAAAACUGAGUACAUCAUUAUCGGUUCGUAUAAGAGAAUUUCAAAUCUUCAAAAAGGAGAUGAAAUUAAAAUUAGGAUUGGGGAUAAUGAAAUAAAACGAGUCAAAACUACUAAAAGUCUGGGAAUUGUAAUUGAUGAAAAUUUAGCAUGGAAAGAAAAUAUUGACAAUCUCAGCGUUAAGGUGUCAAGGCCAAUAGGAGUUAUUCGCCGAGCUAAAAAAUACGUUAAACAAGAUGCCUUAAAACUAAUGUAUAAUUCUUUAGUUCUCCCAUAUUUUGAUUAUUGCUCCCUUGUUUGGAAUAAUUGUAGCCAAACACUAAAAACUAAAGUUCAGCGGCUUCAAAAUAGAGCGGCAAGAGUAAUAACGGGAGAUACAUACGACAUUAGAUCAAAAGAUGUUCUCUCUAAAUUAGGCUGGAAUAAUCUCGAAGAAAGGCGUAAUUCUUAA